UCCCUGUCAGAAACCAUUCUGCACAAAUACAAACAAUACUUACAUUUCAGUAAAAAGCUCUUUCCCUACAAAUGUGCUCGUUAAAGUACACAAGAAAAUUUGCUGUCUUAAACUUUUAUAAGCAUUUGCUGUCUUUAUGUGCAUUAGAAUCUACAAAGUUCACCUAAUGUUGCCUGGGACUUGAACUCAAAGUAAAGUAAAGUAAAGUGAAGUUACCAAUACAUGCCAGCAAUGAAGAGGAAAAAUAUUCCGCUUAAAAAAACCUGAUCCCCAAGCACAUUUACACAAUGUUUUAAGCAAAUUUUAAAGCAUAUUGUUUGCAUGUAUUUGUGAUGAUGAAAGCAUGGAAAGCUCACUUUUUCACACGUGUACGUAUACACCAAGUUUUUUUAUACAAAUUUUGAAAUAAGUAAUUUCACAGAUGGUAAUCACUGAAAUAAACUUAAGCGAAAUGCUUUAAUAAAGUUCACAAACGUAAAGUUUUAUGUAUUCAAACCAUUGAAAAGUAUGCAUUGAAAAAAAUCCUGUUAGAUCUGCUGAAUAGAUGUACUGUACCGCUACAUGCAGCACGUGAAUUUUUAUUUGGGCAAAAAUGGACUAAAUUAUCACCACUGCAUUACUUUCUUACUUUUUCAAAACUUUAAUUACAUGUACACAUCUGUAUUAAUGUAAUUUAGUUGACCCUUCAAAGUUUGCAGAAAAGAGUUUUAUUUUCCAUUUUGGGCAAAAUGAAAAAUGGCAUAAUUCUGCCAAUAUUACAGAUGUGUACACAUCAACUUACUAGCCCUUCACAUUUCUCAUGCAUCUGUAGACACUAGACUCAUUUUUGGAGUCACAUCAUAGACAGAUGUCCAAACUGCAUCAUGAAGUUUACACUUUAUGAGUAACAUUUACACACGGGUGGUUAUGGUGACUGGUGAUAACCACCGAUUGGCCCACAUGAUCAUAUGCAGUGUACAUGUACAUGCACUGUACUAGUACAUGCACCAUGGCUGAACAGAUACAGGCUGCUGUAAGGGCCAAGUUAAAUUCCUUGAAAACACGACUGCCCCCAGCUUGUCAGCACAAUAGAGGCUGAGGGAUUACAUAACUUGGUGGGCCAGCAGCCCUCCACCAUAGUCCCUCCAACCACCACCAGCAGCACACAACCAACUGGCCAUGAAGCAUUGAGGUAUGAUAAUGAGAUAUUCAUAUGGUAAUCAGGCACCACUGUGCCAGCGUGGGCAUUGUGUGUGUAGAGCUAGAGCCGGAGCCUGUCAUUUGAUACGCAGGCGUGACCCCGGGAACUGCCAGUACAUUUGUGCUGUACAGUCAGCUUGUUUGGGGCACUCUCUCUCUCUCCGUGGCUCCAAAUACACCGUACACCCACAGACCCAACUACAUGCAGACAUAUGCACACGCAGUAGACUCCUUGUAUGCCCUGCUCACAUGUGCUGUCUUCGACUUCAUUUCUGAACGGAGGAGUCCCGCAGAAUUUGCUAGUUGUCUAGUGGAGCGCCGUUGUCUGGUUGUCGUCAUUUCCUACAACGCGGUGCUGAGGCAAUGUUUAGAUGAUGACACCUGUUGGAAUGCUGCAGUGCAAACUCAACCUAGCAAAGCCUUGACUGUUUGUCCACUAUGGAUGAUCCUACAGUGCCAAGCAUUAAAGACCCAUUGUCUGUGGAACUGCCACUGGACUCGGUCAUCACGGAGCCCUCCGGUGAUUCCCCCAACACAGAGACAGAUGCUCACCAAGGGACCGAGAACAACCUGGCAGUUGAUGGGAAAGCGGCACCCGAGGAGCUUCCUAUAAUAGCAACCCAAGGCAUCAUUGAGCCAGGCGGGGUGGCAAUCGUUGUGCCAACUUCUCCUGUUCUGGCCCCACCUUUGGCUGUCAAAACUCAAGAGCCCUCACCUGAUCCAAGUGAGGACAGAGGCUGGCUUCACAGGGAUCUCUUGAGCAACACUGAGAGUGUUCCACUGGGACCGACCUCUGACCUGGAAGAAACUCAUGAGGAGGUGGCGGUCGAAGAAGAAAACAGUGGCAGUGGUAUUCCUAAUGUGCCUUCAAAUACAAUGACAUCAACUCAGUCUGGAGAUGGAGACACCCAGUGCAGUGACACUAGUCUUGAGCAUGAACCCCCUGAAAGUCCUCUCUCUCUUCAUCCACUGGAUGAGCAAGGUGACCCAGUCUUGGCAAACUCAGAAGCAGCCACCAAGCAGGAUGUGGCAUCUCAGCUCUCUCCAAAGAUCAGAAAUGCUGCCUUGCCGAAUAGGUCUAACAGCCUGGAGGCUAAGAAGAACAGGUUACAAGACAUUCUAAAGGCAAAAACAAAAGACCUGUCCAUGGGUGCACAGAAACAGCUUUUCCCCCCAAAACCAGAUGAAACUCACAGAUCAUCAGAAAAUGUUGAGGCAGACAGGGAUUCAGGUGAUUUAUGUGAGCUGCCUCCAAACACAGAAAUUGUCCGUCCUGCUGUGGUGGCACAGACACCAGAACCCAUACUUAUCACUGACAGGGACUCACCACAGUUAAAACAGGUGGUUCAGAGGGCAGAUAUUUCCAGCAAUGAACCACGCCUGAUAAUUAACAAGCCAGUGACACAGAUCAUGGCUAAGAGCAAACGAAAAGCAAAGAAGCCUCUCCCCAACCGAUCCUCUCUGGAGAGCAUGAUUGAUGCUGCUUCAGAUUUGACUGACUUCUUCAGCAUUGCAAACACCUUGGAUGAUAGUGAGGAAGAGGAUGUUGUCGUGGUGAGUGAUCAUACAGAGCCGGCAUCAUCCAGCGUUGCUCAGACACCCAAGGACACUCCGUCUGCUGAAAGAGCGAAAUCCACGAGUGUCAUUAAAGCACCUGAUGCAGCAACGGCUGCUCAACAAAAGGUUGCUACAACUUCCAGCUCUGAUGCUCGCUCAACAGCAUGGGUGGCCAAACAGGGGAAUGUUGUUACAUUUAGUCAGCCCACCUCCACUGCUACCGGUACCAUGAACAUCAUCCACACCACUGCCAACCGUCCAUCCAGUUCACAAGCAGAAACCCCCCAACCGUCACUGGCCCCCCAGCAGGCCGUGAACCCCCAACCGCAGGCUCAGCUGGGCCAGCCAACCCAGUAUGUUCAGCAGGUGUUGCAGCCCCAGCAGCCACAGCUAUCGCUGCUGCAGCAGAAGCUCAUUCAGCCGUUGCAGCCUGGGAGCAUCCUCCCUCAGGGCCAGAUCCUGGUGCAGGGUAACAUUGUGCAGGGUAACAUCCUGCAGACAGGGUUGACGUCGGUGGGCGGGGUGCAGCAGACAAUCUCGUCAACUGGUAGUCUCAUCAUGCAGCAAGCACAGCAGCCAGCACAGCAGCAGUUUGUGCCAUUGCAGCAAGUUCCAGUAGGAUCACCUGUGAUCCAGCAAACUGCAGUCAUACCAUCUGUGUACCAAAGUCAACUUCCAAUUAUACAACAGACUGCUCAUCAACUUCCAGUGAGCAGCACGCCACAAGCAAACAACACAAUCUUCACCUGUAGCUCACCCACACCCACCCUCAUCAAACCCCAGCAGACGGUGUUUCUGCUCCAGCGAGGUGACACCCUGAAGCUCGACAGCCACGGCAACCUGAUAGUCGUCGGGAAGGAGAGCCAAGAGGGAAACACAGGGCAGUUGCCCAUCAUCCAGCCUGGCAGCUCCAUACUCCCCGUCAACACCGUUAAGAAUCUGCUGAACACUCGGCACCACUGUGACACCUCUGUCUCCCAGGAGCCUGCAGGGAUGACAGUUUCUUCCAGUGUAGCACAAAGAGGUUUCCUAGCGAGUACCACUGCAUCACAGGGAUCGGUAAUGCAGGUGACUCCAACAGUUUCUGGCCACACGGCCAUCAGCUCCUUCAAUCGGCCUGUCGUCAUUGGGAAGCAGCCAGUCGCUAGUGUCCAGCCUCAAAGGCAAAAGUCGCUGUGCCCCAAUCCUGAGCUGGAGCUCAUGCAAUCAACAUCAUGCACCAGUGGGUCAGACAUCAGCGCAACUCCCACCAGAGAUGCUGACUCUGGUUCUAUGAAGUCCGAGGUGAUAACGACUGGAAGUGGGACAUCAGAGGUACCUACCACUGCCUCAACUAAAGGAGGCAUCAAGAUAUUCCAGUGUGAGAAGUGCAAAAAGCUGUUUGUUAGCAAGGCGAGUCUUUUCAACCAUUUGGCAGCUGAGAUGCACACUGACAAUAUUCCUGAGCAUGUCAGACUGCCAUACAGGUGCAACGCAUGUGACGCAAGAUUUGCAUUUAAGGCUUCGCUGUCCUUCCACCACAGCAGACCUUGUGUGCCAGAGAAGCCAGCAUUUAACAUAAUCUGUUCCAUUUGUAAGCUUCGCUUCAAAGCCUUGGUAGACUUAGAGAGGCAUGUUGUCAGGUGUCAUCACUUGCUGCCGAGCCAGAAUCCAGAAUUUGUAAACAAGGAUCCUGAUGAAAAGCAGGACAAAUACCUGCUGCCAAGAUGUGCAAGAAUUUUUCCAAAACCAGUGCCAUCAACUCUGGCGGACAACCCAGCUGCUAAGAAGUGGAAUGCAACUUUCAAGAAGGCUUGUGUGGCUAAGGAAGUGAAAUCAGAAGGAUUGUCAGUCAUAACAGAGACCGCAGAUUCAGAAUCUAGGCCACCAAUAAAACUUGUCAUGAGUGUGAAAAGAAAGAAAAAGAGUAGGCACCACAGCAAGAAACGGAGACGAUCAUCCUCUGAGCAUGGUAGAUCAGCUAGUCACUGUGCAGCCAAGGUUCUGAAAGACCAAAAUGCCAAUACUAGGAAUUUGAUCAACACCCACGGGAGAUACCUGAACAAAUCUCAGCGGCCCUUCUCUUGCAAGAUUUGUUCCAAGGGGUUCACCUCAGAGCACUGCUUGUUGGAGCAUAUCAAAACACACAUCAAGCCAUUCAGCUGCAGCUUGUGCGGAUGGAAGUCUGCCCGCAAAGACAACGUCCUGAAGCACAUUCAACUGCAGCAUGGUGGGCCGGAAUACCGCAGGAAAAGAGCCUCCAAAUCCAAAAAAUCACAGCCGUCACCUGUAAGUAGUGAGGGUGAGGAGGAAGACUUGAUGGAAGUCGAGGGAGAAGUAAGACCUGUGGGUGAAGAAGAUGAACGCUCGGACAACGAAGAUCCUGAAAUGGAGCUAGAUGAUGACGAUUUGCCAAAUGAUUACUUUGGAAGUGAAAAAUACCAUGGUUAUGACGACAGCAGUGAUGAUGACAACUCUAGAGGUGGCACUCGUAAGACAGACAAGAAAGCUUCUGAUAAACAUGCUGAUAAAGGUGCAUCAGGUAAUCAAGGAAAGGAUGGCAAUGGGAAAGAACCUACAACACCUGUUCCACCGGAUCACAAUUACGUAACUCAUAUGCAGUCAUCCCCGGACAGUACUGAUCCAACCCAGGAAAAGGAAAGUGGCGCUAAUAAUGCUAGGCCAUCCAAAGAAGUGGACAGAUCAGGCACUGGUAUAGCUCCCGAUGUGACAUAUUCAAGCAGUGAAAAAACUCAAGUGAAAAAAGAUUACACUCAUUUACCAGAGACUGAUGUGAGUAAACUAUGUUCUCAGGAUGGGAUGGAAAUCUCAGACCAGCAGGAGCAGUUGUGCAGCACUGCCCGCCAUAACAAAGGCAUGGGUGAUUUAAAAAUAAAAGUAAACAGCUCUGAAAUCGACUCACACACAUCCGGUCAAACCACAGAGGCUGCCAGUUCUGAGCAGUUGAAGUCCAGUAAGAAUACACCAUCUAUUGUUAAUGAGAAUUCACAAGGUCUAGAGUCUUCCAUAGGGAGCUCUUCUGAUGCUCAUAGAGUCCAGGUACUUUCCUCCCAAGAAUCUGGCUCCAGUGACAGUUCUGUAACCCCUAAAACCAAAGACACAAUAAUUUCCAUUCCUAAAGUGAUUCCUGCUUGUUCAGAAGAUACUGAUAAUGGCACAGAUGCAUCAACAGAACAGAACACUGAGUUAGUGCCUGCCUGUGUAACACAAAAGCAGCAAGAUCAAGAUUCCCUGGACUGUGAUGCUAGUACUAUAGUUAAACAUUUUGCCUUUGAUGUUGUAAAAGUAAGCAAAAGCCCAGAUGAUGCUGGAACCCAGACUCGUUUGAGUAAUGACCUCUCAGCUGAAGGUAAAACCCACCAAACUGAACUUUUAUCAAUAUCAGAUGAGGGAGUUCAAACUGACACCAUUAAGGUCACUUCAGAGGUUCUGCCAGGUGAUUCAGAAAACACUUCUCUAAAUGACCAUGAGGAUGAUGUGGUUGAAAACAAGGGCUCUAUUAAAUCACUCAGCGACUUUGAUUCUGAUGAAGAUAUUCUGGAGUGGACAAGCUCUGACCAUGACUCUGAUGAAGAAUCUGUUUUAGCAGAAGAUGGUGUCUCCAAGAUACAGCCAAGACCAAUCCUCCUAAGGGAUGAAGAGGAAAGUCAGACAGGGGCCUCAGAGGCCCUUGAUGAAAGUGUUGUCAUUGACGAUGAAAACCUCGAAAUAAGACCCAAGUAUCUUAAAGCUCACGAAGUGGCAUCCAACAAUGAGACUUUUGAUGAUACAGACAGAGCUGAUGAGGUUGGUUCAAGAAAUACCUAUUACACAGUUUUAAAUGCAGAGGGCAGUGAGAGUGACCCACAUGAAGAUGGCUAUGUGGCUUUCAUGGAUGGGACUGCUGAAGCAGAGAUUCCAGAAUCGACUGAAACUGAUAAUGUCUUUCCAGUCAGCUCACCGGCCACUGAACCAGUUCAUAUUGAUUGCCUAGAAGGUGAGGAUGAAUCCAGUGUAACAGAUGUCAGCCAAGAGCAAGCUAAGUGUAGCACAAGUCCAGAUGUUAGGGUAAAAACUGAAUACCUGACCUUGGAUGAAGCAGAUAUGGAUGACAUCCCUGCCAAUGAAACAUUAAGCAUCCAAUCACCAAGGGAAUCUGGAGUAUCAUCUCACUCAAGAGCAUUAGAUCAUCCGGUUGAAAUGGACAGCCACGAAGGAGAAAGUCCUGAGGAGGAAGUUGAGGAUGACAUUGAGCAAGUUCGGGUUCCCAGACCACAGCUUCCCAAGCAGUGCAGAGAUUUGUCAGUAGACAGUACAGUUAGGGUAAAACAGGAGCCUGUUAAUCUUGAAGAAGCAGACCCACAAGUUGUACAUGUAAAUAUACCUGCUGAUGGGUAUGUAGGGGGCUCUCUAAGAAAGGCUGUGUCUCCUUUGUGUAGUUCACAUGAUAUGGGGGGUAUGCAUACUUCAGAGUUGCCAAGUGCCACCAAGAAUGAAACUCCGAAUGAAAAUCGGGCUACCAGUCCAAGAAGGCGUGAGGGAGUAGACCUUGUUGAUAAACAGCAGCAAACAUCCAAGUCUCUGUCUCUUUCAAACUCGGCUGAAACCAGACAAGCUGUACCUCAAACAAGCAAGCCAUCCAGAGAGCAGGUCUUGCCCAUCAUUUCUGCGGUCAGUUCCCUGCGUGAAGCUGCAGACAGAAUUGAGGGCACUAAUCCACCACGAAAGAGUGUCAUCCUGGAGGCAUUAAAUCGUCCCAGCCAACAGUAUCCUCCACAACAGUUUGGACCCACCUCUCCUAGCUUUGAUCCCAGAGCAAUGUACAAUGCCAUAGGAGUUCCCAUGAUGGAUCCGUCGACGGGACAGCCUUACCUUCCCAGGUUUCCUCAUCCUAGUAAUCCCUAUAUCUCCAUGUUUCAUUCUGGGUCGUUGGUGGAUCCAAGGGAUCCGUAUUUCCCUGGACACCUCCCUGUGCCUCCACCUGCUGCAAUGAACUACUGCCAUCGACCUCCUCAUAUGGGUGCUACUCUGCCAGAAUCUAGGUUCCCUUCACCAAAUUGCUUCCCGCCAGUGAUGGAUAGGGGAGAUAGUUAUCCGGAAAGCCGUGACUAUCAGGUUCUUGAGAAGCAGCGUCCGAACAUGCAUAAAAUGCCUCCUGACAAGCAUCAGCGGGAGCGUCUGCCAAGAAAUAGGUGGGAAAAGCAGAAGCACCAACAUCUGAGGAAACGCCUGCAAGAAAGACAGCAGUUCCGCAUGCAGAAUGGGUAUCCACCUCAUGGAUACCCGUCACCCAAGGCUGCCUUCUCAUCAGCUAGUCCAGGCUCUACCCAGCCAGACAGGUUCAUUUUUCCCAAGUAUCCAUAUGAAGAGAGCGUUGGGAACCACAUGAUGAGAAACCCCACCAACAGGGAACCGGCAGAUGCAGUAAUCAGUGCCAGCAGUCAUUAUCACAAGGCAAAUUCAAGGAGGCAGCGUUCAGAGGAAACCCGACCGCAUGAUCUGCAGAUUGUACCAACACCCCAUGAAUUCAGUGAGAUUGGUAAGCAGCCCAUUCACCUAGAGCAGAACAACCCCCAUGGCACAUCCUCUCAACGCAUGGGGGAUCCUUACUCCCACGCAGCACACAUUCCUGGGAGACCAGUCGCUCAAGGUGAGACUCCCAUUUCUGCCAGAGCCACUGCUCCUCCCUUAAGACAAGGAUUGCCUGGUGAUACCAGUGUCCCUCAGGUCAUCAGUGGAACUGCUCCAAACCAUGAGAUAAACAUACCCAGGCAGGUGGACAAUGGGUUACAAAAUGAUCAACCUCCUCCCCUGGUCUAUCAAGGACCGCAGAAAGCACAGGAUCUUUCUCUGCAGAAGCCAACAGAAACCCCUAUAAAUAAUCUCCCAUCUAAAGGCCAUCCUUUGGAAGGUCCCAGCAGAAGAGAGUCUACUGACCCAGUUGACGUACCCAGUGACCCUGAAAAGACUGUUCAGUUUUCAGAGUACGCACGCGAGCCACAGAAUGGUGCAGAAGUAACGUCUCCACGGGACAGCAUGCAGCCAAUCUCGAAGCCACUACCUCCUGCCCCUCCACCACCUGCCUUGCAUUCUCUUUAUGAUGAUCCACCAGGGAAGUUGCCCUAUGGCCAGGGAGAAAGCAUGGAGAGCAGAAUUAGCCAUCCACCUUUGGCACAUCAGCAUCACCCUCCCCCAGAGUAUAUGCCAGGAACAAGUGGAUCCUUUAUUCCACCACCCAUUCAUGUUGGCCCCUCUCAUAUCCCUUCCAGUCUACCCAGUCCUAAAUCCGUACCUUGUUCCCCAAAGAAACGCCAUUCCUCCUCAGGAUCAUCUGACCAGCAAAAAUCACCAAGACGCCGAAAGAGAUCAAGGGCAGAUGAGAACCCAGAGGAUAGGCCAUAUGCUUGCCACAUCUGUGGUAAUCGUUUCAAACGUUCAAACAACUUAACUGAUCAUGUGCGGAUCCAUUCACGGCCAUACAAAUGUGGUGAGUGCAGUUUUGACACUACUCGUUGGCAAUACUUGGCAGACCACCUCAAAAAGAACCACAGCUUUGAAGGUGAUGCCAAAGAGCUGGAAAUGAUGUUCAAGUCUGGGAAGCGACUUAAACCCACUGAUCACAUUCCAGAAACUUGUUACCAACCAUUGGCAUCAAAGUCCAAAAUUGAUGAAGUGACUGUCCGUCCUGUACGAAAUGGCUUUUCCCCAGGCUCCAGAAGCAUGGUUGUGCCUCCUUCCACUAUCAUUCUCCCGCGUGGGUCAGAUAUUGUUCAUCGGGGCAGGAGUAGAAAGAGGUCACAUCAUGUUGAUGAUGAUCAGGAUGAAGAUCUAGUUGAUUUCUUUGGAGUUGCUGCUAACCAGGAAGAUGAAGACUCAACUGUUACACCAGUCACCCUGUCUAAGGUCAGUCCAAAGGAGGAGUUAGAUGAUGCUGAAUCAGGCAGUGCAAAUGGGUCCCAGAUAUCUCCAGGAAGUGCUCAAGCACAGACAUCCCCAAAGGAGAGCCCUAUCACCCCACCCAAAUCAGAUGCCACUUGGUCCAAGAGGAAGCAGCUGAUUCCCAUCAAGGUAACCGAAGACCUUGUUCAAGAGGAAAUAACCUCUGGUCUGAAAACUACUUCCACAUCUCCUCAAGAAAAUGGCGAAGUAAACCAUGACUACGACUUGAUGGUGAACAGAAUGGAAGAACACAUCCUAGAGGAGGCAAAGAAAGAGGAGCUUGAACAAGAGGAAAGCACUGGCAAGGAAGACUUUAAGCAAGAAGACAAUGAAGAAAAGGUUGACGCAACUCUAGAGGAUGAGACCAGAGAAGAUGAAAUGGAGGAGGAAGACAAAGAGGGUAGCAGUUCAAUUGAUUCCAGUGAUCAAGAUUGCUCAGCUACCUAUCAUGUGACCACCAAGGUUAAUGAUUCUGUGGAUGAAUCUGAUGAAGAUGUAAUGUACACUCCAUCUGGAAGGCCAAAGCGCAGAACUGGCAACUACACCUUUAAGGGGAAACAACGAAGACACAGUGAGAAUGAAGACCCAGAGUACAAACCUAACAGACAGAGGCCCUUUAGAAAGAAACGUGGAAUCAUGCUUAAGAUCCACAUCAAGAGGGGUAAGAAGCGCGGUCGCCCAAGGAGCAAGGCAGUCUCUGACUCGUCCAGUUUUCGUGCGGAGGCCCUCUCUACUCACAUUGGUGGGGGCCUCGACCUGACACCGUACUACACUAUCGUAGACACCAACAGUGGGGAUCUUGACCGGCGGCCAUACCAGUGCAAGUUCAACGAUUGCAACAAGCGCUUCAAGAGCAAACAGCACAUGAGGGAGCACCUUUUCACCCACCUGAAGCCUUACAAGUGCGAUGGGUGCGGGAUGGGAUUUGCACGGACUGACUAUCUUGCCAUGCACAUGAGAGACAUGCACAAAAUGUCGCCGACCAGGGCAGACCUGUACAAUAAAAGGAAGUGUGCCAAUGGCCGUGCCAUGGCCUGUCGCAUGAGACCGAGCAAGGACAAGCGACGACAGGAGCUUCAACAGAGCUUUCAGAUAAACAAAGAACUCUGAGAGGCUUGAUAACUUUUCUACAGCUGUGAUAGUGUUAUUCGUGGCCGGACAAGAGUUCCAACGUGAGCAGCUACAGCGUGCAGAAUGCUGUUGGAGGGGUGCAUGCUGUUGUGUUCAUGCAGCCAUUAGCGGGGUUCAAAGAAGUGGAAAGUCAAGCUUGAACAUAAUUUUUAAGCUUGCUUUUUGAAAGAGUGGUUUACAAGGGCUGUGUGUUAGCAUGAAUGGCAGCAGGUUUGGGAUUACAGCCUGUCUCCCAUAACGUCCCCUUGACUCCAUGUUAUAUGUAAGCUGAAGAGACAACAAAUUCAGUGCUUCGCAAAGGAUGAAGGGGGUGAAGAAUAGGCUGUUUUUGUAUUAUGGAUUUUUUUUUGGUGAGAUACAGGAAAUGAACUUACUUUUGUUUGUAUGUAUUUUGUAUUUGUUCAACAAGUUGACGUAGGAGGGAUGGCCCUGUCUGAUUAAAAUUUGUGGUGGCUAUUUGUGAAACUCGCAUUCACAUAGAGGAAUGGAGCAUGUUAUGGAGACAAACUGAUUAAUUUCUGAGAAAAAUCAGUUGACUUUUCCUCUUGUUUCAUUUACGUAUCUCAUUUUCAGAACUUGUAAUCAUAGAUACCGUGCAAAGUAUUUUCGUAAAAUGUUUUGACAGCUCAAGCCUAGCUGGCAAUCUUCCAAGUGUGAGGAUGCACACAAAUACAUGAACCAAAGCAGCUUUGUAGGUGUGUCCGUGGAAAAGCUCAUGAAUCCAUAGUAAGAUUCAUUGGGAGUGAACAAAAGACUUCAGUGACAACAUUGGCGCAUGUCCAUUACUCUUGAGAAUUCUUUCGUGAAAAAGCUAAAAUAAGCUGUGAAAGUGCCUUUUUAUACUGAACAUUUAUGUACAGUUUUUCAUUUGUCAGUAGAUAGAUUUUAUUGUUACAUAAGUGUGUUAAUUUUUAUACAUGUAUUUCCAUUUAUCUUGCGUACUCUUUUUAUAGUCACUUGCUUGGAUUUCAAGGAAUCUCAUCAAAUUGAGAAAAUGAUUUUUGUUACAUAUUGUAUGAUACUCGAGCAACAGGAGUUGAAAAGUCAGUCAUGGUCAAUCAAGCCAGCACACCCAGACUUCACUCUUUAAUCCUGUCUCUCAUACUGCAUUUAGAGUACUGUAAGCAAGCAUCCAAAUAACCAAUUUUUUUGGGGGGGUACCUUGAGACAUGCCAUUUCCUCCAUUCAGAAAACUUCAUCAUGGAAUUUAUACAGAACAACAGAGGGCGCUUUGUAAAUAGCAACCACAUCACUUGUGCCCCCACUUCUAGAGGCGUGGAGUGGGUAGGUACAAUUUGCAUUUGGACAUGCUGAAACCUGUCUGUGUGUGUGGUAGGCAUACAUGUGUGACAGCUGGAGCACCCAGGUCAGGGGAUAGCCUCUGGCCCCAGUCUAAAUUAUGUAGCUGUGGUUGGCACUUGUGCCCAUGUUAGUGGCAAAUUAUUGGCUGAAGCAGCUUUCAAUAGAUUUGUAUGUAAUAACCCUGUAAUAUGAUGAUGUUUCGCUUUGUUUAAAUGUGUGUUUCCUAUGGCAGUGAGGUGGGAUGAGAUCCAUCCAGUCCACAUCGCAAAGCACACAUGUAAACAGAACGUAACCUCAUUGUGUUUUAGAUUUAUUGAAAGAUAAAGCAGCAUUAUUUGGAUACAACCUUCUUCUCUCAGAUGGAAAAACACCUGUGAAUUGAAUUCAUACCUUUGCUCUUGAUUGAAUAGGGCCAAUAGAAAGCUUGUUGGAUGAUCCCCUAACAGAGCAUGAGGCAAGAGCGAUAGCCUACUUAUGUGUUCCCAGAAGUUGACCAUUCAAGAAAUCUCAGCGUCUUGAUGAAAAUCUCUGGGGUGCUUUUCACUAUCCUUUUUUUACACAGUUGUGCUGUAACUCCUGCAUGCUUUCAGAACCGUAAUGCUUCCACACUAGAGAGCAUCUUAUCUAAAAGGGCAAAAAUUACUGUUUUUAAUUUUGUUAGAAAGAAAAUGGUUUAACUAUUUUGAUUGUGUAUUACAGAAAUGUGUGCGUAAUUUUUGGUUAAAUUUUCAUGUUGUUUUAUCAGUCUUUACACUUAUAUCCUUACAAAUCAAAAGUAUUCAGCAUUUCAAAGUCACAGCACAUAUAAACACAUUCCAUUUCGUCCUCAUUAACUGACAUCACAAACUUAUGCCCUUAAUUUUUACAACAGUCUAGAUAUUUGUCAUCUCGAUAAUGAGUCUUGGCUUAGAACCGAAGAUAAAUGUUUGACUUUUUAUUUGACAGAGUGUCAGUAUCAAUUUCCUCAUCCAAGUUCAAACUUGUUAUUUCCAACCUCCAAAGGGUGAAGAUUGAAUGAACAAGUAAAACAUUAAAUUUUGCUACCAUGGUAGUUUUUAUAGUUAUUUCAUUACCAGAACAAUUUUUGCCUGCCAAGGGUUGUAGGCCUAUUGCCAGUGACUUUCUGUCUCCAUGCCUGAUUUUGGCAUUCAUCCAAGACGGAUCUUUGAAAUCUGAAACACAUUUAAUAAUUCAAAGCAUACCAAAGACUUUAUAUUUUGAAAAGGGAAAAUUUGACAGUUCAUUAAACUUUUAGGAGCAAACAAAACGAGCAAUUAUUUUUAACAGAGAAAACUCAGACAUCACUGAGUGUUACACAUUACAUUACAUUAAGUGUUACACGGAAAACUUCACUUGGUGAAGUUUGAUCUUGAUCAGAAGGGUUGGUUUACCCGUUGUUCACCAACCUGUUUGUCCAGGAUGUAGAAAAUCAAAUGGAUAGUUGCAGAAGUGAAGAUAAGACAGGCUGGGAAAAACAGUAAAAAUAAUCAUUACUUCAGGCAAGGUGAAAAUACUUUUAUGGAAAUGUGAAUUGAAGUGAUUUUGGUGUGUUUCACAGUUUUCAGUCUCUCUUUUUUCGCAUGUAAUUUUUGAAAUGGUGUCUUUCAAACAAUUUCCUCUUUGGAACACUGAGAAAUUCCAGAAUACAUGUAGUUGCCUUCUCAGUUUAAAAUUAUCGUAAUAUACGAAGUCCCUUUCUUUUUUAAAACACAUUAAUGAGAAAUAUGGAAGUGUUAUCACAGUACAAGUAUUUUUCUAUUAUUUUCUUGAAUAUCUAGUGGGCUUUGUGGAGGUAAAGUGAGAUGGUCACAUUUGAAUUCCACUUAUCACUCUGGAUGGUAAAAUUUUUCUCAGUCACCAAUGUGUUCCCUGUAGCUUCUCUUUGGUCACCCCUUAAAGUUUUCACCACCUUGCCUUUAUGUUCAAUUUUGUCUACACACAGGCUGUGUACAUUGUACAUGUACAUGUAUAGCUGUGAACAGUGGCUUGCUCUCAUGGUCAAAAGGGCAACAGCUUCUUCAAGUUACUAUACCUUGAUAAUUCAGUCAAGUCAUCAAGUGUCGGUGAAAGAAAUAUGGAAAGGUUCCAGAGAUUAGUUUUUUAUACUGAUGUGAGCUUCUGAAUGGAAAGUCUCCCAAUUUUUGUAUUUAAGGUAGUAUUUACUCAAUUUUGAUAUGAAAAUGUAGUUCUGUACAGCAAACUUAGAAAAGCAACUUCAUAAAUAAAUAUUACUUUAAUUUAAGCAUAAAGUAACUAAAAUAGCUGACAAUUUAAAACAUUAUUAAAACAAAAUUGAAGAAAAAUUCU